AGAGGGGGAAGGCCUAUUGCCAGUAUCUCUCUCUCUAAUUUUCGUCUGUUGUCUCUCUAAAUUUCUCUGUCCCACUCUCUCUCUCUCUCUCUCGUCGAUCAGUUCGGCUUUGGAGGUGAAAAACGCGCAAGAGAUAAACGCCUAAAAGUUUCCAAUCCGAUUCCAGCUUUCGCGGCCUCUCUCGAGCUCUCCCCCCGUCUUCCUCUUACCUCCUCCUGCUUGGAUCCGAGACUAGUCAUGGGAACAAAACCCUAGUUCUUCUCCUUGUAGCUUCAAGAUCAGCGCAAAACCCUAGAUGUACUCCUGUUGCUUUCCUUAGUCGGAGCUGGUGUGUCGAGUCUGUGGAAGUUCAGAUCAUGGGCGGUUGAUUUUUUUGUCUCUCCUGGCGCGCGAUUUGGGUCCAAUGGAAGGCGGAGCUAUUCUGUGAGCACGUACGUUCGGCAGCAUUAGUUUUUGGAAAGAUAUUACGAUUUGGAAGGUUUUCUGGGAGAUGGAUUCAUGAGAAAUCGAGCUUUAGCUAUCAGCUCGCGCAGGCUUUUGCAUCGUCUUGCGGGAUACGUUUUUGCUUGCGCAAGUCUUUACGGGCAGCGGAUGGGCGACUUGGAUGCUCACCUCAUUACUUGAUGCAGCACCAUUUCUACUCGGUUAGGCGAGUGGUUGGCUUCAAGCAGAUAUGAUGUUUGAAGCUCUAUGAGUUUCGGGUUUAUUAGGAAGAGCACCUGAUUUUUGAAAUUUACCUUUUGAUUGCUGCCUGAUUUUUGACAUCAAACUGCAAGGGCUUCGGGUUUUUGCUCUUAGUGCUUUUGCUGAUCAGUCUUGUCGUGGAGGACGGCAAUCGCUUAAUUGUGCAACAUGAGCUCAGACAAUGGAGAUCCAUGCCUAUCGGAUCAUCCGAUCAAGUUGACUAAUGAAACAAAGAAUACAAAGAUAUCAUAUUCACGGGAAUUUCUCUUGUCUCUGAGUGGAUUGGAUAUUUGCAAGAAUUUGCCUCGUGGAUUCGACGAAUCAAUUCUUGCUGAAUUUGAGGAUGCUUCCCAAGACCGGCAAAGAAUCCCCGGCAGUUUUUUGCUGCAAGGUUAUAGGCGAAAUGAAUAUGGAUCGUCCCCACCUACGAGAGGAGAUGUAAGUAAUUAUUCUCGGGGAAUUCAUGGUAGGUGGGAUAGUCGCUCUUCUGGAUGGAGCGAUAAAGACAGUGACUCACAGUCUGAAUGGGAUUCAGAUACAGGAAAACGUUAUGCCAAUCCAUCACGACGGGGUUGGCAGGCCCCUGAGCAUGAUGGACUUCUUGGCAGUGGCGGUUUUCCACGACCAUCUGGGUACACUCCUGGGGUGUCUGGUGCAAAGUUUCGACCUAAUGAUCACUACCAGCUUAAUAGGAGUCCAGAGCCAUAUCAUCCUCCUCGUCCUUAUAAGGCGUUACCACACUCACGCAGAGAAGCUAAUGACUCAUUUAAUAAUGAAACAUUUGGGUCAUCUGACUGUACCAGUGAGGACAGAGCAGAAGAGGAAAGGAAAAGAAGAGCUUCAUUUGAGUUAAUGAGGAAAGAGCAACAUAAAGCAUUCCAAGAACGGCAGAAAAAUACUCCAGAGAAGCGUAAAGAUGGCUUUGAUAUCUCUACACUUAUGGAUGACUUUACAGAUCAGAAUAAACAACUGUACACAAGUAACGAAUUAGAUGAGCACAAAGAACCAAAAGCAUCCACCAUUGAAUCUGCAAAACUAUCUUUAGGAUCACAAAUUGCUGGACCCCGACCACUUGUGCCUCCUGGAUUCACAACAACAGUCCAGGAUAGGAAGUCACAUUCAGCAGAGGUCAACACUGCAGCACCUGAUGGUAGCAUUUUUCAUGCGAGGGGUAAUAUUGUGUUGAAUGGCUUGGAUGAUGGUCAGAGGGAUAAGGAAACAGCUGAUCAAAUGAGUCUGAUUACAAGGCUACAUGUUACCCCAGAACUCCGAAGUUCAGAGAUGGACAAGAGUGAAGUCAUCAUAUCACCUGCUUUAGAUAUUUCUAAUCAGACUCUUGGUGGGAAGAAACUGUUAGGAACUUGCAAUCUUUCAGAAACUUCAGAAUCUUCAGAUAUUGCGCAAAGCAUAGACCUUGACUCUCAAGAGGCAGGGCGGAAGAAAAUGAUGGGUCAAUCAGAUCAUCCCACUACAAUUCUGGAAAAACUUUUUGGUAGUGCUUUAUCAUUAGAAAGUGCCGUCUCAUCUUCACAUACUGAGCAACAAGGCACUAAAGGUGAUGACGUACGGAGCUCUCACAGUAGCCACUCUUCCAAAUUUGCUCAUUUGUUUGUUGAAGAAGAAAAGAAAACUACGAAUGAUACCUUCUCUGGAAGGCCCAAAGACUUGCUAUCAUUAAUUGGUGUGGGUGAAAAAGGUGAAUCAUUGGUUUCUGAUGUGCAAAUGCCGGAGCAACUGUGGUCACAGAAUCUCUUUUCGGACUCUCAACCUAAAGAUAAGCAGAUGACAGAGGGCACUGCAUCUGCUGCAGUUGGAAGUCGCGAGCAGACCACCAAUCGCAAACCAGGGGGAGUUCCAUCUGUCCUUACAUGUGAAGAUCUUGAGAACACCAUCUUGUCAGAGAUUGGUGAUCGUGGCUCGAACCUGCGGCAGCCUUUGCAGGCUUGGGAUGUUAAUGAGGCAAAGGUUGAGCAGCCAAGAGCCAAUAUUGAUAAUCUUGCAUCCCAGCACCUCCUUUCUUUGUUACACAAGGGAACGAACAACAACGAUGUGGCGCUGUUCCCCAGUUUUGAUGCUAAAUUUGCAGAUAAGGUGGACACUCUUGAAGGAGAAAGGACCAGCAAUAAGCCAGGGGACUCCAAAGAGACAACUAGUGAUAGUCUUCCUAAUCAUGGGAACACUUUGACUCUUGAAACUCUUUUUGGAACUGCUUUUAUGAAGGAGCUGCAAUCAGUUGGAGCUCCAGUCUCUGCUCAAAGGAGUUCUGCUGGGUCUGCCAGAGUCGAACCAUUCGACCCUCAUGGAUCUUCCCAUCCCGUAAUUGAUGAAAGUAUGCUAGCUUCUGUAGAAAGUGAAGCUAUAUCAAGCAGGAAUAUUCACGAAAGCAAUGGGUUGGCAUUGAAUGGAAGUCAUCAAUCUAAUAUGGACAUUACAGAAGAUCGUUUCUCCAAAUUUGAUCAUCUUCGAACUGAAGUAGAUGCUCUACAGCUACAACAUGAAGUAGGGCCCAAGCUUAGCAAUUUUGACGGGCCAGCUGAAAUUCGGCUUCCUGAAGAGGAUAGCCUGAUAACUGUUAGUGAUCCUCUGAGUCUGCAGAGCUUAAUGCCUGGUCGGCAUCCCAAUAAAGCUGAGUUGUCAUCCAGCAAUGCACCAUUUGAUGUUGCUGAAAACUUUGCAGCUCAUGGCAUCUUCAAGGAAGAAAAAUAUGCUAGAGAGCAAGUACCUUCGCAUUUCCAUCAAAUUCCCUUCAGUAGGAGGGAGCCGGAUAUUCCGUUUCCAAAUGUUCAUGUUCAACAAUCUUCUCCUCAGCUUCAUCCCCACCGUUUGAACCAUGUUGGACCGAUGUUUAAUUCACUAGAUUCUCAUACUGUUCAUAGUAAUACACCAAUGAAGAUUGCAGAUGGCAUUCUUCAUCAUGAUCAACCGCUAAAUUACCAAUUUCCUGCAAAUAUGGUCCGCCCUCAGAUGCACCAUCUGAGCAGAGGAUUUCCUGGAUUUGAUCCUCCAAGUCAUCAUCCUAUUUUGCAACAGAUGCAUCUGCCACCAAGUUUUCCUCCGCCACAUCAAUUGCAGGGAUUUCCUGGUGGGCCACAGGUGACUCAUCUGAACAACCAGGUCUCUGGACUUAUUCAGGAACUUAACCCAAUUCAAGGUUUUCCUUUCGGUCCGCGGCGGCCAAACAGUGGAAUGCCACCGCCUGCUCCUGAAACCGGCGUUGGAAACAACCAUCCAGAAGCAUUUGAAAGGCUUAUUGAGCUGGAGCGGCGAGCAAAUGCAAAGCAGAUGAACUCCUUCACUGCCGCCACCACCGCCGCUGCCGCCGCCGGCCAUAGCCAGGGAAUGUACGGCCGUGAUAUCGAUAUGGGUUUUCGGUAUAGAUGAAGUUUUCAAGCGUCAAUUUAGUGUGCAUGCCAGUGUACUCAGCUCUCUCUCUCUCUCUCUCUCUCUCUCUCUCUCUCUCUCUCUGUUCUUGUUGUUGUUGGCAUUCCAGUCCUCUGACUCACCACCAACUUUCUCUCUUCAUCUCCAGUUUUGAUCUCCUCAUCCCUUGAUAAGGAGGGAAUUUGAAAUGAAG